CAACACUCACCAAUAAUUUAUACCCGCUAUUGUCUUAGGUUCUUACCUUAAGACUCGCUCUGUUCAUCUUCUUUUUUUUUCUCAAGUUUUGGAUCUCUCUCUCUCUCUCUCUUCCUUUUUUGUCUUCUCAUCAUUUCUCUCCAUUCUCAUAGUAGAAACUUCCUGCGAUAGAAUUUAAUGGCGUCGCAGGAUAAGGGUCGGCCUCUACCUAAAUUUGGAGAGUGGGAUGUGAACAAUCCGGCCUCGGCCGAAGGGUUUACUGUGAUAUUCAGCAAAGCUAGAGAUGCAAAGAAAUCUAAUGGAGCUACUGGCCCUGGGACUGGUACUGGAAAUGGGACGGGGACUGGGAGUGAAGCCACUGCCACAGCCACGACACAAAGGAAUGAUAAUUCAUCUAGACCGCCAGUAGAAAAUAUUCAAUACACACCAAUGAAAAAAUGGUUUUGCUGUUUCUGAAUUUGACUAGCUUCAUAACUGUGAGAUGGCAUAAUGUGGCCAUGCAUGGUGGUGGUACCCUGGUAUAGGAUAAAUUCAUGUGUGCAUUUCAGAUUGCCAGUGGGGAACAUAUGGCGGCUAGUUUCCAUUUCCCCUUAAUUUCAGCUUUUACAUGAUAUUUUUGUUAAACCCUUUCAUAUUGCCAAUCUUUGUGUAUGUUAUAUAGGAGGAAAAGAAAGACGACAAAUACAAGUGCACUUCUCUAAAGUUCAUGUAUUCUUUCUGAA